CUGAGGAAGAGGACCGUCCCGGGAUUCGGCGGGUGCACAGACCGACUGUGCAUCUGAAUUCACUCUCCAAGCUAGAAACUAAAGGAGAUCAACUUUUAUUUGAUCUUUUUUUUUUAAUAGUUUUUUUUUCAUUCCUGCCAGAAGCGAUGGCCCUGCCUACAAACCCUAUAGAUGAGCCCAAGGUGUACCAGCAGACUCUGCUCCAGGAUGGUCUGUACGACUUGUUGGAGAAUGAAAACCUGGUUGACUGUGUGCUGAAGAUCAAAGACAAGGAGUUCCCCUGCCAUCGACUGGUACUGUGCGCCUGCAGCUCGUACUUCCGCUCCAUCUUCCUGUCUGACCUGGAUGAGAGCAAAAAGAAAGAAAUUGUCCUUGAAGAUGUGGAGCCCGGAGUCAUGGGGCUGAUCCUCAAGUACCUGUACACCUCCAAUAUCAAUGUGACGGAGCAGAAUGUCCAGGACAUCUUUGCUGUCGCUAACAUGUACCAGAUCCCCUCCAUUUUCACCGUGUGUGUCUCUUUCCUGCAAAAGCGCCUGAGCCUCAGCAACUGCCUGGCGAUCUUCAGGCUGGGUCUGAUGCUGGACUGCCCCAGGUUGGCCGUCUCUGCCCGGAACUUCGCCUGCGAGCGCUUCCAGCUCAUCUCCAGAGACGAGGACUUCCUCCAACUUCAUCCGAGUGAGCUGGCAGCUAUCUUAACAAACGACAGUCUGAAUGUUGAGACGGAGGAGGUGGUGUUUGAGGCUCUGAUGGACUGGGUUUCCAAGGAUACCGAGAGCAGAGAGAAGGAGCUCCCGAGCUUGCUGGAUUGUGUUCGUUUGCGUCUCGUUGAUGAGGAUUAUCUGGAGGAGAAAGUGGAAAAACACAAACUGAUAUCAACCAAUCCAGAGCUGAAGCAGAAACUGGAGCUGAUCCGAGACGCUCGCGCCGGGAAAAUGCCUGAGGUUAAAAAAGUCAAAAGUAAAACGACUGAUGGCGAAGCAGAAAAAGAUGGCGAGAGUACAGACAAGGAGGAGGAGGAGGAAGGUCUCCUCCCGGGGAUUCUGAAUGACAACCUGCGAUUUGGGAUGUUUGUCAGGGACUUGAUACUGAUGGUGAACGACGCGGGCGCCGUGGCGUACGACCCGUCGGGGAAUGACUGCUUCGUCGCAUCACUCUCCACACAGAUCCCCAAGAACCACGCCAGCCUGGUCACCAAGGAGAACCAGAUCUUCGUGAUCGGAGGAUUAUUCGUUGAUGAGCAGAACAAGGACGAUCCAAUGUCCUCGUACUUCCUGCAGUACGACCCGGUGAGCGCUGACUGGCUCGGGAUGCCACCCCUCCCAUCGCCCCGCUUCUUGUUUGGACUGGCGGAGGCCGAGAACUCCAUCUUCGUGCUGGGGGGGAAGGAGCUGAAGGAUCAGGAGUCCACGCUCGAUACAGUUUCGGUCUACGACAGAAAGUCAUUUAAAUGGGGCGAGUCUGAGUCAAUUCCUUAUCAAGUCUAUGGACACGCAACGGUGUCGCACAAAGGGGUCGUGUACGUGAUCGGAGGAAAAGGAGACGACAAGAACUGCCUGAAGAAGAUGUGUGCUUAUGAUGCCCGGAGAUUUGAGUGGAAGGAGCUUGCACCCAUGAAGAAUGCACGUUCCUUAUUUGGAGCCACUGUUCAUAAAAACAAGAUAUAUGUGGCUGCAGGAGUGACGGACAAUGGCCUGACAGACUCUGUGGAGGUGUACGACAUCGCCACAAACAAGUGGUCAGACUUUGGGACAUUUCCUCAGGAGCGCAGUUCCCUGAAUCUUGUGUCUUUGGUCGGUUCCCUUUAUGCUGUCGGGGGUUUUGCCAUGAUGCCUUUGGAGGACAGCGAUGAAAUGAUUCCCAAAGAGAUGAACGACAUUUGGAGGUAUAAUGAGACGGAGAAGAAGUGGAUUGGCGUCCUCAGAGAGAUUGAGUACGCUUGUGGGGCCACAAUUCUGGGGGUCCGACUGAACACCCUACGGCUGACCAAGAUUUGAAACCACUUCCGAACCUUGUUUGUUAAUGGAAAUCUGUCUGCCCCUCGGCACUGUUUUACACAAGGCCUGGAGCAAAAACAGGGUCACAGCCUGGUUAGCAUGCUGUUCAUUUGUAUUUGACACAAUGCUGUACUCUAGAUGUUUUUCUAAUUCGGGUUAUGGCUUCAUAAACCCUGACUUCAGUUAUUGGACUGGGAUAAUAGAAUCUAACCAGAAGAAUUUUCAUUUUUGCACUUAAUGUAAUUAAUAAAAAGAAAAUUUAAA